AUGGAGAAAAAGCUUCGAUCAUCACUCCAAAGCUCCGGCGAAGAAUUCCUCUCAGCCGCCGCGAAAUUACCUUUCAAAUCUUCAAAACCCAUUCUCAAAACCCUAAUCAAUUCACAAAUUAGUCACUCUAAUGGCUUUUCCACUCUUCCUGUUGCACUCCGCAACUCCAUUUCACAAACAAUUUCUCUUUUUAAAAACCCCUCCAAUUCCGAUUUCACAGUUUCCCCAAAAACCCCCCCGGCAAAGCGCCGAAGAUCCGUUAGACUUAAGACAAAGAACGACGAUGUUGCGGUUUCACCCAUUGAAGAACGUGAAAAUUUGCGACGAAAUGCUGUUGAAAUGCUCCAGAUUUAUGCAUACAUUUUGCACCUUUGUGUGUUUCAUCCGAAAAAUUUAUUUUCUGCUUCUGAUUUAUUGGCUGCGGCACAGGAGUUGCAUGAUAAUUUGAUUUUGUUUGAGUCAGAUCCGGUCUUGCUGUCGGAAAUUGCGAGUUUGUGUGAACAAUGGUGGAAGGGGGAUUUAUUGGGGAAGGAAAAUCUGAUUUCUCAAUCGUUGCCUGUUCUUUUAACAAGGUCAUUGACUUUGAAGAAGAAGGUGGAUGUUCAUAGAGUUUAUACGGUUCGGGAGGCAUUCACGUUGUUUGAUUUUGAUGACGAGAGCAUUGAGGACUUGAAAAAUUUGUUGAUUCGCUGCGUAAUCUCACCAUUGUACAUGAAAACGGAGGAUGGGAAGAAAUUUAUAGCAUUUUUGUUUGGCCUGAGUGGGCAGCUAGCUAAGGAGGUGUUUGCUAUGAUGAAGUCACAGAUUCCAUUUGGGCGUAAGUCAAUGCUUGAGGGGUAUGGGGAAAUUAUAUUUAGAGCAUGGAAGGCAGUUGAAGGUGAAUGCAAGGAUGAUAUUGAGAAUGUAUUUCUACAAGAGUUGGUUGAGGGUGCCGUACAUGCCAGGUCAGAGGCAUUUUCUGCAUCUAUUAGGAAAGUUUUAGGGGGUUUUGUUAAUCAACGGACUGUAGAGGGGGUUGAUAAACUGAUCUUUCAUCUCGCUGAGCCAGUGAUCUUUCGGUCACUUCAGGUUGCAAACUCAAAUGUUCGUCAAAAUGCAUUGUACUUGCUUCUAGACAUGUUUCCUCUGGAAGAUCCUGAUGCAACAAAGGAAGAUAAAGAUAUACUACUCGAAAAGCAAUUCUUUCUUUUGGAGAAACGACUAAUGGAUGAAUGCCCAGAUGUAAGAGUUGUAGCGGUAGAAGGCUGUUGUCGUAUUCUUCAUUUGUUCUGGGAAGUUAUUCCCUCACCAACCAUUACAAAGAUGAUUACCAGGAUUUUUGAUCAUAUGACGUACGAUUCUUGCACCGACGUCAGAUCCUCCACAGUGAAUGGAAUUAUAUAUUUGCUUGGGAACCCUCAAUCUCAUGAGGUCCUUAAAGUGCUUCUACCUAGAUUGGGGCAUUUGAUCUUGGACUCUGCAUCAAAUAUACGCGCGUCUAUAACUGAUCUCCUUCUUCUCUUAAAGGAUAUUCGAAAUUUUCAAUUUCACAAGGUUGUGCAUUUAGAUGCAUUGUUGUCAGUGCUUGCCAAUGAUCAACCACUUGUUGCUCGAAAAAUCACCAAACUUCUUAUUCCAUCAUAUUUCCCCUCCAAAGUAACCGAAGAAGAAGCAUGUAAACGCUUUGUCACUCUAAUUAAAAGGUCUCCCGCUGCAGGAGCAAGAUUUUGUGAGUUUGCAGUAUCAGAAGGAGCAUCUCCCAGGUCCCUUAUGAAACUUCUUAAAAUUCUUCUCAGUUUAACUCUGUCAUCGGUCAAAUUAAGUGAUGAACAUAUUGAGGGUUUACUUGCUGGAGCCUCUCACAUUUGUGACACUCUUGUAAAAGAUGUAACUUUCCGGACAGCUCUAAAGGAGGAAUUAUCCAGUGAAAAAUUGAGGAACUUGUUUUCCAUUGCUGCUACGACAAGUGCUCAAUCUUCUGUCUGCAACAUUAUCUCAACCAUUUCUCCAGAUGCUGUAGAUGGCCUUUUUGAAGAAUGCAUGGGUCUGAUCACAAAAUGUAGUUCUAUGAGUAGUAUGGAAAGGCAAGCUGAAAUGAGGUCUGCCCACAAAAUGAUGCUCGUUUUUGAUUGGUUUGAUGAUAUGUUUGAAGCUGUUGUAGGAUUGCUGCAAAAAUCUGCCCGUGGCUGCCAUGUAAAUUUUGGUAUAGGACUAGGAAAACAAGACGUUCACUCAGCAAAACGGUCAAAAUCUAAAUUCUCCAUUAGGAAAACAUCAAAAUCAAGACAAACUAGCAGGAAAAAUUCAUCUAACACAGUCAAACAUAGAUUUGAUGAGGAUUAUGCAAUUGCAUCAGGAAUAGCCUGGCAAAUAAAGGACUUACUUCUAUCUGAAACUACAAGGAAAGCCAUUUUAGGUUCUGAAUUUUUAGAAAGUGCAUACGUAGCCUUGAAGGUCAUUUCUGAGGCUAGCAUAGUGCAUGCCAUGAAGUUUGAUUAUAUGAAUGCCUCUUCAGUUUCAGCGUACACAGCUCUGACUCUGCACAUGUCUCUUGAGAAUAUCAACAUAAAUGGAAGCAAGGGUCUUGAUUCUAAUAAUCUGUUUUAUCCCGAUUCUGUGGGCUCAUCUCUACAGGUAACUGUCUCAGACUUGACGAUUGAUCAUUUGCUUCACUGUACAAAUAAGCUACUAAGAGCAAGUGAUUACAAUAAGUCUGGAAAAUUGCAUUCAGAUUCAUUGGAUGGUAACAGGAUGGAAACUGCCAGUGGACAGGAUAGCAGUGAGCAUCAAACUGGUUCGGAUUUGGUUACACAAGUAAGGAUGUCAAAUGUGGUGAAGAUAUUAACAGCAGUGCUCAAGUUCACAGUCGAUGCAAACACCAUGAAUCUUGCUCCUUGCCAUCAAGAAAGAUGCUUGAACUUUACAAUGGAAUAUCUGAAAUUCAUUAACGCGAAUUUACGACAAUACUCCAUUUCUGAGCAGCAUUUCACUGAAGAAGGCUUGAAAGAAAUAAGUCUUUGCUUGAAAAGUUCCUUCUCAUAUGCAGCCAAGUUACUCAAUGUGGUGCUCAAAAGUUCUGAAGCUGCAUUACCCAAAUUUGGAGCUUACAAUCUUGUGAAUGAAUUGCUUAACCUGUUUAUUUCCAUUGAAGAAUUUUUGGGACACGGAUACGCAUCUCGUUUUAUUACUGCAAUCAAGCCAUGGGUUCCUGAUAUAAUUCUGGCCUUAGGAUCAUGCCACUUGCUGACGAAGACUCCAGGAGAGAGUGUUCAUUCCGUUCCAUCUGAGAAUGGCGUUUCCACUUUUCCCUCAUGGUUUUCCAUUUUGGCGAAGAUUGAGCUUAGUGAAAUAACAGACAUUGGCCCAGAAGAGGACACCGAUAGAUAUCCCAAUUCAGUGGUUUUUACUGCAUUCAAGGGCCUUAUAGAAAUGAUUACUGAGCAGUUAAAAUCGAACGAUCAUGUCUUAGAUUCUGUUGGAGCAAUUUUUUUAGCUGGUUUGCAGCAAGCAUUGGAGAGCAAGAAUUUUUAUCUUGUUUUGGGACUUCUGCAUUUCAUCUGUGUGAAGUUAGUGGAGUGCAAAGACGAGGAAUGGAAAAAACUUAAGUUGAUGUCGACAUCUCUUGAAGAGAUAUAUCAUAAGCUGGAGGUUGAAGCUGAAGAGCCAAGCAAUGGUGAGGAUGGAAGAGAGAUAUUACAGAGGGCUCGGGAAUUGCUCGAGCCAGUUUGGAUGUCUUGCAUUUAUCAUGGAGGAUAUACAAUGGAGGAAGAAUAA